AUGAAACGCAGGAGCAAAAGUGAAGCAGGGAGGAAGCAUGGAGGAAGCACAGAGGAAGAAGGGAGGAAGAAGGGAGGAAGCAGAGAGGAAGCAGGGAGGAAGCAGAGAGGAAGCAGGGAGGAAGCAGAGAGGAAGCAGGGAGGAAGUAGAGAGGAAGCAGGGAGGAAGCAGAGAGGAAGCAGAGAGGAAGCAUGGAGGAAGCAGGGAGGAAGCAAGGUGGAAGCAGAAAGGAAGAAGGGAGGAAGCAGAGAGGAAGAAGGGAGGAAGAAAGGAGGAAGCAGGGAGGAAGCAUGGAGGAAGCAGAGAGGAAGCAGGGAGGAAGCAGAGAGGAAGAAGGGAGGAAGCAGAGAGGAAGCAUGGACAAAGCAGAGAGGAAGCAGGGAGGAAGCAGAGAGGAAGAAGCCUCACUUCUUCCUCUCUGCUUCCUCCCUGCUUCCUCUCUGCUUCCUCCCAGUGUAUACUGGUAUACUGGACGAAGCAGAGAGAAAGCAGGGAGGAAGCAGAGAGGAAGCAUGGAGGAAGCAUGGAGGAAGCAGGGAGGAAGCAGAGAGGAAGCAAGGAGGAAGCAGGGAGGAAGAAGGGAGGAAGCAGAAAGGAAAAAGGGAGGAAGCAGAGAGGAAGAAGGGAGGAAGCAGAAAGGAAGAAGGGAGGAAACAGAAAGGAAGAAGGGAGGAAACAGGGAAGAAGCAGAGAGGAAGCAGGGAGGAAGCAGAAAGGAAGCAGGGAGGAAGCAGAGAGGAAGAAGGGAGGAAACAAGGAGGACGCAGGGAGGAAGCAGGGAGGAAGCAUAGAGGAAGAAGGGAGGAAGCAGAGAGGAAGAAGGGAGGAAGCAAGGAGGACGCAGGGAGGAAGCAAGGAGACGGAUUUAAAACCCAAAAUACAUGGCACCCCAACGCCACAGCACCCCCCAGUGACUCCUCCUAUCUCCCCCGUGUACCCUGGACCUCCCUGGACCCCCCUGGACCCCGCUGGACCCUCCUGGACCCCCCUGGACUGAGCCGAGAGGAGCUUUCUGAAUCUCUUUCGACUGCGUUGUUGACUUAA